GGACAGCAGCGGCGUGCUCGAGAGCCGGGAGUUCAUCGCCCUCAUCGAGGAGAGCUCCUGCCAGGCGUGGCCACCUCGCCCGAGAACAGGCCGAAGCUGAUGAAGAUGAUGGAGGAGAGGCCCAGGGAGGCAGGGGCAGCUUCGACGAGGGCGACCUCGCAGAGAGCGCGGACAGCAAGAGGUUCAACUCGGAGAAGAUAGCGCUAAACUUCACGCAGUUCCUGAAGCUUCUCUCGCUGGUUCGCGUCUUCAAGCUCGGACAACAGUAUGCUGAGGAGCAGAGGGUCAUCGACGUCUGCGACCUUACCAUCCAGGAGGUCCAGCAGUUCCGCGAGCUGUUUCUGGAGAGUGCCUCUGGUGACGGGUGUAUGACGAUGAAGGACUUGUGGCUUCUCUUCCGGAACAUAUGCCCCCUCGGCGACAGAAACAAGGCAGAGCUCCAGGGGCACAUCAAGGAGGUCAUCGGGUCCACGGCCUCCAGGCCCGACAUGGCCAUCAACUUUGCCGAGCUGCUGAUGCUCAUGGGGAGGCUUCGCGACGCCAACUUCGGAGGCAUCCGCGACAAGUUCUUCUCGUGAGCUGCAGAGCCCUCUCCCCUCCCCCCCGCCCGUAUUCCUGUAAUCAUGCAUCCUGCGGAAGAGGUUCGCUCUCGCUAAAAAAAAACAUCUCUCCAGUAGGUGUUGACGGCGAGCAGGCUGCACGACGCCUAGCCGCCCUCGCGCGAAGCGCGAGAAAGUAGUUAGCCCCAGAAGUGCCCCUGACCCAGGGUGCCCCCCCACCCUGACAAAUCGUGUGUGGGGGGGGCACUUCUGGCAACGCCCGGUGCUCUGCCCGUGGCAGCACGCGCCAGGCCGGAGCUCUCCGCUUGCCUGCGCGGGAGGCUGCACACGGAGG